AAAAGAUCUGGUGGAUUGAACGUAAGAUCGAUAAAAGAAGAUGGCAUUGAAUCGAUGGCGCUUAGUAGUUAUCUAACAAAGCUUGGAACUUCAGACUCGAUUGAAGCUCACAUUAACACGCAAUCUUUAAUCGGCACAUUUAAUAUUGAAAAAUUUAGUUCAGCGUCUACACAAUUUAACUUAAAUAAAGUUUAUCAAUUAAACAGUAAGGUUUUACAAAAAAUGUCGUUUGAUGUCAUGAAGGAGCGCUUGCAUCAAAUAGGCAUGGACUCUGCAGAAUUUUGGUAUUUUAUCAGAGGUAAUAUAGAUAGAUUCUCUGGCGUCAAUGAGUGGUGGCAGAUAUGCAAGUCUCAUAUUAACCCUAUUAUUCUUAACGAGGAAUUUAUAAAAAUUGCAUUAGAUAUGUUACCUCAAGGCAACUUUGAUAAAAACACAUUAUCAGAAUGGGUAAAGGCUAUACGACAGAAAAUAGACAUAAAGACAAAAGAUUUAUUCAUACAAUUACGUUUAGCACUAACAGGAAAAGAAGCUGGACCAGAGCUUGCUAAAUUACUGAUUUUCAUAGGCAGAGAAAAGAUUAUCACUAGGUUAAAAAAAAAGAAAUAAAAUAGCUUCAAAAUUCCUAAAUUUAGGUAUUGCAUUUUAAAUACAUAUAUUAUACCCCAAUGUAUAUUUAUUAUGAAUAAUUUUAGUCGAGGCUAGAGUUAUGUGUAUAGUGCAAAAUCCAGAAGAAUGCAUUAAGGAUUUCAUUCCAUCUUGUAAAAAACACUGGGAGUAAGUUAGAUCAAAUAAUAGAUAAAUUCACAAAGAAAAGUAAAAUGGGCUUGAUGCGGUAUUCUAAAGUAUCUAAAGGGAUGAAGUAAAGAAGAUGAAUUUUGGAAUACCUUUUUUAAUAAGAUAACAUGUUGUCGGGCAUUUUAAUAUCACCAUUAUUCAUGGUUGGCGGGUAAUUCUUAAUUUGUUUACUCCAGUUUUACUAUGCCGCCAAGUUUUAAAGUGGAUUAACAUUGGAUAUAGAAGGUAUAUGUGUAGAAGUAAUGGCCAGAUAAUUGUAAAAAAGUUAUUUAAUGCUGAUUUUAACACUGUUGGCGGUACAUUAAAAUCGCUUGUUUUUUUUCUAAGCCAUUAGAAGAAGGGCAGAAGAAAUACCGCUAUUGCAACAAGUUGACGAUAGUCUUGAGAUUGCGAGAAGGAAUAUGAAAGCUGCAGAGCAGCAUAGGGAAUUUAUUGCCGAGAUUGACAAAAAAAGUGAAAUUACCUCUAAAAGUUCAUUCAGAUAAGAUAAAUGCUGCUAAAAACAAUCAAUCAGCCUUAAAAUCUGGGGACAUUGAUCAAAAAUAUCAGUGAUUUUUUAGAGUACAUUUAUCGGGUGUGAUAAAAUCGCUAAAUGUCAGCUUUUGGUAAAGCUGGGUCCAAUAUCGAGAACCAAUAAGUUUUUAAAGGUAAGUCGUAGUAGUAUGGCGCAGUUCAUCGUCAUCAGAUCUUGUGAGGGUUAUAGUAGUGAUUGGGCGCAAUAUACGUUUGAAUAACAUAGGGACGACGCGUUGAAUUGCUUAACAUUGAGCAUUGAGGAUGUGAAAAAUUUGACAGCCAAUGUAAAGAUAUACUCGAAGAGUAUAGUCAAGAUGCCAAGUUGCAUGACCUGCUGUAUACCUCGAUAUUUAACAUGUUGUAUAAAAAUAAUAAGGAAUUGGAGUAGUUGUGCAAGUUGAAAGAAUUUGCUAACAACGCCUUGUAAGGAACGAUAGGCAUUACAAAUAUGAGAGAAGUGGGAAUAAUGGUGCUGCCUUUGCCAUCAUGUCGGCGCUUUAGCGUUAUGUAGCAACGCACCUGAAGGCAAGAAAGAUGGCGAAUAGACUGCCUGUGGUGGAUAAUAGAAAAAUUUUUUUUCCUAUGUUCCUCUUGGCAUGCUUUUUUAACAUGUCUUCUGUUUCUUUCUCUUCACCUUUUAUUGGAUGUAGGAAGAAGGGUAAGACUUAAAUAAAGUAUUAAUUAACUUAGCGUCUUAUCUUGAUGAGAAAAAAAAGAAAUAAGUGUUAAUAAAUUUGUUGAUGCCAUAGAAAUAAUCAGCAAUAAAUUAGCAGAUUUUUGAUCUUAGUCACUAUAGAUCAAUCAUUGUAACAUUUUACUUAGAAGAAUCACGCGAGUGUGCAGAAAGAAUAGAGGUAUUUACCAAAAAAAAGCAGCUGAAGAUUUAGUUGACGCUAAGAUAAUUCUCCGCGAUCAAGAUAAAAUUGCUAAAGAUCAAGCUGAGAUUGGGAGAGGUUUAGAUAAACUUAACAAGGAUCAAGAUAAAUUCAGCAAUGCGCUACAAGGCUUUGAGCAGACUUUGAUGAACUCCUUGCGUGUUUAA